AUGACACGGAUUUGCACACAGUUGAAUCAAACACAAUGUUGCGACUUUGCUUGGGACGAGACCUGCGCUUUGGCAGCUUCUCAAGUUUGCAUUCCAGAAGUUCGUCCCAUGUAUAAUGACGAAUUGUCCUGUCCUUUGGGUUUCGUGUGCAAUGAGGAUUUAACUCAAAAGUCAUUGUGCUCGGAAAUUAGACAAAUACCACAAAAGUUUUUCAUUGGAGACGUAUUUGCGGGGGUAUACUGUCCAGAGGGUAAAAUCGGAAUGGAGAAUUGCCCAAGAGGAAAGUAUUGUCCGAACCCAGAAGAGCAGUUGAAUUGCCCUGCCGGGUACUUUUGUCCUUAUAAGACGGCUACACCCCAGAUCAGCUGUCCAGGUUGCGGCGAGGGAGCAACGGCACUCGAACGCGACAUUGGGCUACAGGUUGUCCUUACCUUGUUAGUCGUUUUCAUUAUUAUCGGCACUGUUUCAAUGAUCGUUUACAAACGAACUAAACAUCUGCUCGCCAAGCAAGUGGAAGUUUUGAGUUACCGACUAGUCGGCGAGAAUUCGGCAAAGAUUGAAAAACAGAAGCAGAAUCAGCUUGACAAACUCCGGCCUAAGUUGGCGGUGAUUGCCAAGCGACUCGAGGGCAUGAGCAACGACGAUUCAGGUUGCAACAGCAAUUUGAUCAGGAUUAGCAAGACUGAUGGAGACAAAGAAAAGUUAGAGUUCGACGCUCGUGGCAUCUUUGAUGCUUUGGAUACCAACAAUGACGGGGAUUUGCAAUACGCAGAACUCAACGCUGUGCUAGGAUUUGACGAUGAAGAGUUGGAAGUAUUUGUUGCUAGUAUGAACAAAGCAGCAGAUGCAAAGGAAAUAACGAGUACAAAGGAAGACUCAGUAUCGAGACCUGUUUUCGUAAACAAUUUUCUCAAGGCUCUGGAAGGUACUGUGAACCUGAAGGUUUCCCCAGCCGAGGCAGCCGCAAUCUAUGAUAACAUCUUGAAAGACAACCAGGCUAAGGAAGUGGAAGAAGGGAUGCUUUACACCUCGGUGCUGUCGAACAUUCUUUCGGAUUACGAAAUUAUGCUAUUGAUCAAGAAAUUUCGACAACUCAACUCCAUGGAUGAAGAAGCUCCGUCAUCAAAUAGACAUGAGUCGCGCAGAAGCGGUGUUCAUCGUCGUUACUCGGGUAUUACUCGAGAGGUAUUUGUCCUACAUUACCCUACAUUAUUGAUGCAAGUCUAUACCGAGAAUGAUCAUGUAGACAAUUCGAAUGGUGUCGACAUUUGCUUUAAGGAUCUCUGCUUGGAAGUCACUGUUGCCAAGAAGGAAAUCAACGUCGUCAACAAUGUCACGGGAAGACUUCAAGCCAAGACCAUGACAGCUCUCAUGGGCGGAAGUGGUGCUGGAAAGACCAGUUUACUCAAUGCCCUAUGUGGCAGAGCCUACUAUGGAAAUAUCAUUGGCGACACCUACAUCAAUGGAACUAAGAAGCAAAUCGAAGAAAUCAAAGACGUAAUCGGCUUUGUCCCACAGGACGAUGUCGUGUAUGCUGAAUUGACAGUUCGGGAGAACCUCGUUUUUGCUGGAAAGCUCAGUCUCCCCCGUGGUACUGCUAUUGAUGAGAUUGAAGAUCUUGCAGACUCGACUUUGGCCAAUCUUGGACUUUCUCGUGUCGCAAACAGCUUGGUCGGAGACGUCAAGAGGCGUGGUGUCUCUGGUGGUGAAAAGAAGCGCGUGAAUAUUGGUUUGGAGUUAAUGUCACGUCCAAAGUGUCUCUUUUUGGAUGAACCAACAUCUGGUCUUGACUCGAGCUCGGCUUUGUUGGUGAUGAGUUCAUUGAAGAAUCUGGUGUCUUCGGAGGGAGUUACCAUUGUGACUGUGAUUCACCAGCCACGAAAGUUUAUCUUUGAUUUGUUUGACUGUCUAGUCUUGCUGGGUGUUGGCGGGAACACGGUGUACAGUGGACCCGCCAAGGGAGCUUACAAUUACUUUUCUGCUUUGGACUAUGUGCUACCUGCUGGAGAAGCGUUGGCGGAUUGGCUAAUUGACAUUAGUGCUGGACAAAUCCAUCCGGAUCCAAAGGUGGCGGCCACAAAGGCUCAAGAAAGGGAUAAAGACGAUAAUGACGGCGAGAAGGUGGUUGCGAUUACUCCACGAGUGAUGACAGAGGCAGUCGGAAAGAAGGGUAUUGCUAUGGGUAAAGCCAAGGAAGCAAUCACCGAUGCCGCAUUGCGCAGAGAAUGGCUCUACAAGGAAUGGAAAAAGUACUUUGAUGGCCUCGACAGUGAACAAAAGUUAAUCUACGAAGUUCCUCCAGUGACUAAGGUGCCUGGUGCAAAAGAAAGGCAGUCAUUCUCUGCUCAGCUUGUGACACAGCUGCGACGUUGUGUUUUGGUAUCCUAUCGAAAUCUGGCUUCCAAAAUGGUCGAUACAAUCAUUCUCAUUGUUGCGGCUGUCGUUAUUUCGUUGGUUUCUGGCUUGCCCGAGAUAACUCGUGCCGACAAUCCAAGCAUUGAAUUCGAAUCACUUGUAUCCUUUGACCAAAAAAGUGCUCCCGGAAUUGUGGCGCAACUCUUCAAGUAUGCUGCGACUAUUCAGCAAACUUAUCCAUUGCAAAUUGGUCUAAUUACGGCAGUCUUGGUUGGUCUCCAGACAAGUCGUAUUUUGACUAGCAAACAGUUAGAAUUCUUUCGAGAGGCCAGCUCUGGAUACGAUUCCAAUGCUUAUUUGCUCGCCGUCAAUAUCAUGGCUACCGUGGAAACGAGCAUCCAAAUUUUGAUGGUAGCCCUCAUUUCGGCCAUGCUACGAGAACCCAUCGCAAGGUGGGAUGUUUUUGUGGCUCAUUUUUUGGUAAUGGCCUGGACCGUUGUGAGUUGGUCGCUACUAUUUCCCAUGAUUAUGCCAGCCGACAAUGUCAGUACUGUACUUGGUGCCUUCUUUGCCUUUUUCGGUUUACUUCUUUCAGGUGCUAUCCCUCCCAUCAAUUUUGAAGCCAUUUACAAGGGUGACAUUGUGGAGCACCUUGCUGCUUGGCUAUCAGUGACUCGCUUUUUCUUGGAAGGACUUGCUGCUAGUGAGCAUCGUUGCCUUCCCGAACAAUCUGGUUGGACAGUUUCCACAGAGUCCAUCAACUUCGACCGAUCCAAUACGCUCAUGGCCUACAAUCGCUUCAGUUAUGCCCGGCAUGAUCCCAAUGCCACGAUCUAUGAUUGUGGCGGUUGGUAUUGGGGCAUUUUGCCUUCUAUCUUUGUCGGAAUCACCGUUCGGUACCUUGGCUUCUUGGCCAUGCAUGGAUUCAAUCGCGGCAAGCAAACCAAGAAGCCAAUCGUACACGAAAUCGGAAAAGACAGAAAGUGUGGAAUCCUCGUUCUGGUCCUAUUCUUGGGCUUUGUUGCUUUGGCUGCCUUGACAACUUGGCUGUACACUCACGACUAUGAGCCUGACUAUGAGUUUGUCGGUGUCGACAAAUGGGCCCAGACUGGAUUGGAACAAAACUUGACAGCAUUGAUGCAGACUCUCAACUUGACCGAUUUGAAUGCAUCACAGAUUCCCAAUCUCUUGGAAAUGAAUGAGAAUUUGAAUGUUCUGGCCUUGAGUCGAGAAGGUCUUCCAACUGGUGAAUUCCCAAGUGACGAUACCGACCCCAAUUUGUUUGUUGACGGAACUGUUCGUGCAUUAAUGUCGGUUUGGAAUGAAACCAGUCAGUGCCCUUGUAGCUCCGAGUAG